GCCAUUGUCUGCAUCACGAUGGGUUCGAGUCAGAAAAAGAAGAAGGAUAAGCAAAAGGAUUUUCAGAAACCAAAGCUCAAAGUCGGCAAGGCAAAACCAAAGCCGGCCAAUUUUACGGACACCAGUUUUCAGUCAAAGGCUAUUGUUUUAAACCAGCAGUCUCUACAUACAACUGCUCCAUCAGCCAAUGCCCAGUUCUCUCACCAUGUAUCGCUUUUGUCGUCCAAGUCAGAUACUCAGCGUCGCGAGUCCCUCGCUCAUCUGACGACGUCUAUUGUAUCCCGGCCUGUGGACACUCCUCUUCCGCAGCCGGUGAGCGUCAUUCUACCCAGCGUGCUGCCGUUGAUCCUGGACGCAAGUAACGGCGUUCGGGCUCAGUUGCUGAAGCUGCUCCGGGCUCUUCCAUCCUCGGACAUAGAGGAUCAUGUUCCGCAGCUACUGCCUUACGUCCGAGCGGGAAUGACGCAUCUUGCUGCAGAUAUCCGUGUUUCUGCUGUCGACAUGCUCUCUUGGCUUAUCGAUGCUGCAGGAGCCGAAGUGGUCUCUUGCGCCGGCGGAUGGAUCAAGACGAUGAACUGCUUCAUGUCAGUUCUCGGGUGGCAUACAGAGGAGUCGUCUAAGUGGUCAUCCAACCGUGCUUCUUUUGGGAAAUCCGGUAGCCAGGGAAAGCCGAUGAUCAAAGUGCUGCAGACGCUAGCUGAGUUUUUAGAAGCGGGGAUCGGCAACCCCAUAAUGGACAACACCCUGACAGACUCUGACGGGGAAAGGGUAGUUAUCGGUUGGGGGUUUCCAUUGUGUCAUACUGCGCAACAUAUGAUUCCCACGGCUACCGUGCCCUACGCCUAUCUGAAUCUGUUCGGCCAGCCCCGAGAUGAGGAAGGGGAGAUGUACGAGACGCGCGAAGAUCGAUUCCGGGUGUUCUCGACCCGGUUCAUGAAAGCAGUCGAACGGGGACUGGAGAAUGCUCGCAAGGAAGGAGGCGAGGUCGGAAGGGCUUCUGCUGGUGUGAGCAAGGUGUUGAGGGAAGCCGUUUCUUAUGGACCAGGUCCGUGAAAGACGCGUAAAGAGGUUAUGCUUGUUUUGAACUCCACCCGUGUUGGACUGCAGCAAGUCGUCUACAAGACCGAAAGCGAGCCCGGCUUUAUUACAGAUUGCCUCUUGGGAGGGUUUAUCCGGUUUAUCCCAGCGAGAGGGUACCACAAGUGAACAGUCUCCAAGGCUGAUGUCCUGCAAUGCUAGGAUGCAAGGUGCAUGCGGACACAGAGAAGGCGAUGCUCUAUCCAGCGCACUAGAUGGGACAGUCAGGGUCAUGUCAGGUUGCGUCUAGUAAGAGGACUGUACCAGGACUCAAAUAACGAUUAUUGACGAACCGAUUAAAUUCUGACAUUAAGACGUCUAGCAUAAUUGGAUGUCCUUUCUAUCUCUACAAUAUCUAACCAUCAAACAAUCCUAUCUGGUUAUACUGGACUCCUUUAUCAACCCUCCCAUCCAAGCGAGAAUGCUAAGUAGCACCUAUCCAUAUUCAUAGUCAGCUGCAAUUACCAUCCACACAGUACGGGCAAAAAGGCAGAAAAGACAAACCUCUGGACCCCCCACCCAAAGCCUUGGCCACAGUCUCCUGUGCCCGCUGCAACAUACUCUUCCCACUGUACUCCUCCCUCUCCUGCUCCUGUCUGCGAAGCUUAUCCUGAUCUCCGACUCCACCGUGCGGGACGGGGAUCCAAUCUCGCGACGCCUGCGUGUUACUGGGUGUAUCCGAGAGGCGGCGGGUGGUUGCUUUGGUGUCUCCUGGAAUAUUUCGUCAGAGUUCACGAAGCCUCAAUUUUCAAAGUGGCAUAUGGAUUAUGCAAUUACAUACCCGGCUGCAAGGAUUGGUGUAUGCUCUCCGUCAAGCUGCUGGCUGUUUCGGCGGAUCGGUCUGGUACUUGGUUUGUGGGGUUGAUGGGAUCGGAUGAUUCUUUAUUUAUAUAUAAUAAUAUUAGUUGAACCUUUUAUUUCUUGUAUUUAUGGUUGUUCGUGCUAACAUCCAUCCACGAUGGAUACGUACCCUCUGGGGAAUACCCGCGUUCACCUUUCUAGGUCCAUAUUAGUAGAUGGACUAACGCGCACCAAUUUCAAAG